GCUCAAAGCUUAGUCCUGUUUGGCUGUCACUCCAAAAAGAAAAAUGGAAACAUACAUACUGAUUCAGCUAGCUAUCCUUCUUUUCACUCUCGGAAUUUUCUGUACCAUUUACAAUUUCCCCAAACAAGCCUUAACCCGACUCCGAUCAAAAACCCGAUCCACAAACCAAGCCAAUUCCCAUUUCAUCAAAGGCGCCAAAUUCCUCUCCCGUGCAAAAUCCAAUCGGAGCAAAAAAUCCACCUCCUUCAAUCUCGCUAAACUCGCCGCCGGCGAAGCUGAUAAAGCCUUAUCGAUCGAUCCUAAAGAUCCAGCAGCUCAUAUUCUCAAAGCCUUAUCACUCGAUCUAAUCGGACACAAACUCGCCGCUUUAAGAUCGUUGGAUUCCGCCUUAUCUCCGCCGGCGGUGAAGUCGUUGUCCGAAGGUGAAAGAGCCGAUGCGCUGCUGAAACGGGCGGAGUUACUGGUGGCGUUGAACCGGAAGAGACGGGUUGAUUCGGCUUUAAUGGAUCUAUUUGAAGCUUUGAAAUUGGAUUGUUCGGAUCGGGCUAAGGCCUUUUGUUUGUUGGGCCAAUGUUAUGAGAUUAAGGGCUUGAAAAUUGAGGCCCAUAAUGCUUUUGAAGAGGCUUUAAAGGUUGAGCCUAAUUUGGUUCUGGCCCAUGGUAGAUUGGGCCGAUUAAGAUAG